AUGUCAGCAGCAUCAGAAAAAUUUCAUUUUGUUCUUAGCCAUGAACUUCAAGAUCGUAUUCAAAUAAAAAUUGCUUCCAUUGAUGGUGAACGAACGCAACAACAACAACAACAACAACAACAACAAUCGCAACAACCUAUUAAUGAUAUAUUCUUUUCUAAUAACUCGUCAUUUAUUCGUAAUUUAAAUGACGCAAAACAUAGUGAACCUUAUGUACUUUGUCAAGUUUUUUCUGAUGGACAAUCACUUUGUAUGCCUGUUCAAACAUCAUUUAAAUCAUUUACUGAUAAAUGGAGUUGGAAUGAAUGGUUAACAUUACCAUUAAGAUAUUGUGAUUUACCACGAUAUGCAAUACUUGCAUUAUCAAUUCAUGAAAUAAUUUCACCAACACAAGUUCGUAUUAUUGGAAGUACAACCAUAUCGCUGUUUGAUACUGAUGGAACAUUUCGACAAGGAAUUUACGAUUUAAAAGUUUGGCAAAAUGUACUACCAGAUGUUAAGUUUAAUUCGUCAACACCUGGAAAAAUUGAAGCUAUAUCAAAUAAUGAACAAAUUCUUAGUAAUCAUACAAAUCAAAAGAUAAAAACCGUAGCUUCAUCACCAGCUAUAACAACAACUAAUCUUCAAUCGAAUCGAAAACAAAUAACAUCUAAACCUUUGAAUAUUACAUGGAAUGAUGAUAGUGCAUAUCCAAUGUUAGAUGAAUUAAAUCGAAUAGCAAAAUUAAUCAAAACUCAAUGUGAUGGUCAUACAAUAAAUCAAGAAUGGCUUGAUCAAUUAACAUUAGCUAAAACUCGAACAUGUUUAGCUAAAGAACGUUCAAAUUCAAAAUCAAUGUUAUUAAUGAUUGAAUUUGCUCGAACGAUGGUUCAUGAUAAUGAAUGUAUUGUAUUAUAUUUUGAACCGAAAUGUGAUGAUGUACUCAAUUAUCCAAUUGGGUAUACUGAUCUUGUUGUUUAUGAUCCUGAACUUGACCUUGAGAAUAUUGUUGAAAGCAACCAUCUAAAAUUAUCACGUAGUGCUCGUAAAGCAUUAGAUAAAGAUUUAAAACCAACACAUGAACAACGAGAUAAACUUAUGCAAAUAUUAGCUUAUCCACCGGGACAAUAUCUAUCUGAUGAUGAACAAGAUUUAGUAUGGAAAUAUCGAUUUUUUUUAUCACAAUAUAAUAAAGCACUUGCUAAAUUUCUGCAAUGUGUUCAUUGGGAUAAAGAAGAAGAAGUUAAACAAGCAUUAGAUUUAUUACAACAAUGGGCUACUAUGGAUACAGAAGAUGCACUUGAAUUACUUGGUCCUACCUAUCAUCAUCCGAAAGUUCGUUCAUAUGCAGUAUCAAGACUGCGACAAGCACCAGAUGAAGAUCUUCUUCUAUAUCUUUUACAAUUAGUACAAGCUCUACGAUAUGAACGUUAUGAUUUAAAUAAUACUUCAAUGGUAGAUUCUCUAGCAGAAGAACAGACUAGUUCCAAUGGUACUUAUGAAAUUUUUGCUAAUGCUAUUGGACAAUCAGAUUCAACAUGUAGUGAUGUAACAAAAUCUUCUUCAUCAGAAGUUGAUUUAUCAACAUUUCUUAUUCAACGUGCAUGUGAAAAACCGGUUGUAGCAAAUUAUUUAUUUUGGUAUGCAUAUGUUGAAUGUGAAAAUAAUAGUUCAUCAAAAGAUAAAGCUAUUAGUGAUAUAUAUCAAGCAUUUGUAAAACGACUUAGUAUGACACUUAAAACGGUGAAUGAACAAACUCAACAGGUGCGUUUAUCAACAGAAGCACAAAAAAGAUUUGUUGAUAAACUUGUUGAAUUAACAAAUAUUGUUAAACGUGUACAAGGUACAGCUAAAGUUAAAGAAGAUAAACUUCGUAGUUUGUUAUUAGCUGGUGAUGAUUCACCAGUUAAAUUUAAUUUUCUUAAUUUUGAUCCAAUACCUUUACCCCUUGAUCCUGAAGUUAAAAUUCGACGAAUUAAUCCUGAUAAAGUUAAAAUAUUUAAAAGUGCUAAAUUACCAUUUUUAUUCGUUUGUGAAACAGUAGAUGGUGGAGAAUAUUCAUUUAUAUUUAAAAAUGGAGAUGAUCUUCGACAAGAUCAACUUAUAUUACAAAUAAUUAUGUUAAUGGAUCGAAUCCUACGAAAAGAAAAUAUUGAUUUAAAAUUAACGCCAUAUAAAGUUCUAUCAACAAGUUUGAAAUAUGGUUUCGUACAAUUUAUUGAUUCUCAACCAUUACGAAAAGUACUUGAACGUAGUCGUACCAUUCGACAAUAUCUACAAAGUAAAGCAGCAAUUACCAAUAGUGACGAUACCACUCAAAAUGAAAUUGGUAUUCCUCAUGAUGUUAUGGAUGCUUAUGUUAAAAGUUGUGCGGGAUACUGUGUAGUGACGUAUCUAUUAGGUGUUGGAGAUCGACAUCUAGAUAAUUUAUUAUUACGAGAUUCCGGUCAAUUAUUUCAUAUUGAUUUUGGUUUUAUAAUGGGUCGUGAUCCAAAACCAUUACCACAAGCAAUGCGUGUUUCAAAAGAUAUGAUGGAAAUGUUAGAUGAUAAACGAUUUCUUGAUUUUUUACGUCAUUGUUUUACAGCUUUUAUUAUUCUUCGAAAACAUGCAAAUGUAUUUGCUAAUUUAUUUUCACUUAUGCUUGAUGCAAACAUACCUGAUAUAGCGUUAGAACGCGAUAAAACAGUUAAAAAAUUACUUGAUAAAUUUCGACUUGACCUUGAUGAUGAAAAAGCAAUAAGUUAUUUAAAAGAUUUAAUCGAUUCGAGUAUUGGUGCAAUUGUACCACAAGCUAAAGCAUUAUCAUCAUCAAAAGUUCAAUUAGAAGAUAAUGCAAAAGAUAUUCUCGAAUUACAACGAACAUUAGUUGAUUUAGAACAACAAAAAACUGAGCAGUAUAAUUUAUUAAGACGUGCAUUAACUGAAGAAGAUCGACGAAAACAUUCUCAACAAACUGUAACAAAAGAACCAUCAUGGACAAGUCUUUAUUCACCAAAUCUUCAAAUGGCCCAAUAUGCUCAUCAUCCCCAACAGUAUUUAUCAGCCCAACAAUCUCAUCGUUUAUUAGCAUAUAAACCUCCACCACCUCAACCAUCUCAACCACCAUCAUUUAUUCCGACAACAACAUCAACAAAUAUUAGUUCCAAGCGAUCACGUAGUCCAUCAUCAUCUCAUAUGUAUUCGUCACCAUCAAAUAAAUCAUCACGUUCAAGUCUUGUUCCUCCAAUGCAUUCAAGACCAUUAAGUCCAAAUUCAUCAUAUUCAUCGUCAUCAUCACAAUCCGUAGUUCGUAAUAGUGCACCUGGUUUUCCAUCAUCACAAAGUCAAUCAGCAUUUUCAGCUUAUCUUGGUUAUAUGGCACCAUCAUCAGCUGUUCCUGGUCCAUCAGCUUCAUAUCCAAGUUCAAUACCACGUGUUCGACCAUCAUCACAAAUGCCGAAUUAUUUAAAUACAUUACCAUUUUUACCGCAACCAAUGGUUGAUCCAAAACAACAAGGACCAAAUGUUUAUUCACAUCAUCCAAUGCUAAGACCUUCAAAAAAUGGAUCAAUUAUGAAUGGUUAUCCAUUACAACCUCAACAAUAG